GCAGAUCCCAGUGUAUAAAUACAGCAGCUUCAGGGUAAGUUUCAGUUUCAGCUACAGACAAAGAACAGACUGAUACCAGAGAUUCCUGGAGCUUAAACAGAAAAGAAAAAGCUCUGUCUGUAAAGUGACCAUGGAUCAAGCAGCAGAUGUGGAUAUGAUGACCUUACAGAUGCCAACAUUGGGACGCCCCUUUUCCCUUGGGAUGCUUUAUGACUGUCGGGAUGAUAAACUCAUUCCAGGUAUCACUUUAUGGAACCUGGAUGAACUUAAAAAAGACAUUGCUACAUCAUCUCAAGAUAACACGUCCUUCGAGAUUCUAGAAUCAGAUACGAUCUCUGAUAAGUCUUCUACAAUGAAUAUCCCAGCUUCCCUAAAAGCCAGUUUUUUGGGAGGUCUGGUACAGGUUGGAGGAGCUUCUACAUACAUGAAUGACAACAAGACGUCUAAAAACCAAGCCAGAGUCACUCUUAAACAUUCAAGAACCACAAAGUUUGAACAACUGAGUAUGAGUCACUUAGGAUCCCAGAACAUAAUCUAUCAUGAAGUGUUUGAUAAAGGAACAGCCACCCAUGUGGUCACUGGUAUUUUAUAUGGGGCUGAUGCCUUCUUUAUAUUUGAUCAAGAGGUGUCAACACCAGAAGACACUGAGGACAUCCAAGACAAUCUUAAUAUUAUGAUAAAGAAAAUACCAACCAUAAAAAUGAAAGGAAAUGGUUCCCUGUCAAUGAAUGAUACAGAAAAGGAAAUGUGUAAAAGAAUUAGCUGCACAUUUCAUGGGGAUGUCGCUCUUGGUUUUAAUCCAGUGAAUUAUGAAGAAGCUGUUAAAAUCUAUGUCAGUCUUUCAAAUGCUUUAGGGCCAAAUGGGGAGAAGGCAGUGCCAGUAAAGGUCUUGUUGUAUCCUCUAAAGAAGCUGGACAACAGAGCAGCUCAUUUGGUUCAAGAGAUUAAUGUGGACCUUGUUUAUAGGGCAGAACAUAUCAUUCAGCACCUGGAAGACAUAAACAUGCAGUGUAAUGAUCUGAUAAAACACCCAGCUGCUGUGACCUUUCCUGGGCUGAAGAAGAAAAUGAUUAUGUUUAGAAAGCAGAGCUCUCAACUUAAACUCAAUUUCCAAAAGCAACUUGUAAAGACAUUGCCCUCUAUUCGUGGUGGAGAAACCAGUGAAUUGGAGCUAGUGGAUAUUUUAACUAAUAUAGAACAGUCACCAUUAGGCUCUUUUCAUGUUGACUUGUUUCUGAGCACAAAACAUCAAGAAAUGGAUUUUGUUAAAUCCUAUCUCAAUGCUCUGUCAAAUUUUAAAAUAUUACCUACAGACAAGGACCUAAACAAUACAUUAAGGGACCCAACUUAUGACAAUGUUGUAUGUUUUAAUUUUUCCUUGAUCAAUGAAAAUGACCAAUACUUACAAGAUGUUAGUAAAUGGUUAGAUAAUCAGUAUCAAGGAGAUUUCUAUAAGCAUGAGAAGCCAGCCAUUCCAUGGUUCAAAAACAGAAAUGUUAUAAAGAUGGCCAGGCAAUAUUUAAAGGUAUUUCAAACAUUUGCUCAAACCAAUGAAUCCCAUAGUGAUACCUGCUACUUUAUUUCCUGUGCUUCAGAUCCAACAUAUCCAGAUGUUUCCAUUCAUCUCUAUGAAUGUGGGGAACUUGUAAAUGCCAGGUUUGAGCCUCGAUCAGAGCCAAAGCUUCCAGUAGAAGCCAAUAAAAUGUGUAAUGAUAUGGAACUGCUCCUCAAACAAAGGGACCUAGGAAAGCAAUUUGAAGGUUACAAUGUGGAAGAUAAUCUUACUGGAUCAAACAACUCGUUAUCUCUAAAUAUACAGAAGAAACAGGAGAAGAUUAAGAUGAUGAAUCCCAGAACAGACAAAUCCACCAAAGAAAUGCCUUGCUUAGGUCGCCCUGACUGCCAGGAGGAGAAUCUUAUCCCAGGUUUUAAGGAUAAAGUUUACAUUGGGAAGCUUUGA